AUGUCUUUGUGAAACACAUUUAUGGAUGGUGAAGUUAAUGAAACUUAUAUAACCCUUGAAGGACAUGUAGAGUUGGACAAAUUCAGAUAUCUUUAUUUUGCAGUCAUGCUAGCAGCGUAUGUUUGCAUCGUCGUCUGUAACCUGACCAUUGUGUAUGUUAUAUGGACGCAUGAAAACCUCCAUGAGCCCAUGUACGUUUUCAUCGCCGCUUUGCUUCUGAACUCUGUUGUUUUCAGCACUAACAUCUAUCCCAAACUGCUGUCAGAUUUUCUAUCAGAGAAACAGAUUAUAUCAUAUUCAGCUUGUUAUGUGCAGUUUUUUCUCUUUUAUUCUCUAAGCGGCUCAGAGUUUUUACUGCUGGCAGCAAUGGCCUACGAUCGUUACGUGUCGAUAUGUAAACCUUUACAAUAUGCAACAAUAAUGGGGAGAAACACGGUUAGUAUUUACUUGAGUUUGGCUUGGCUGGUGCCUGCUUGUCUGAUUGCUGUGCAGGUGAUACUGAGCUCCAACAUUAAACUGUGUAAAUCAAAUUUUCAAGGAAUUUUCUGUAACAACUCAGUUUACAGCGCCCACUGUUUAAACUCAGAGGUGAAUGUAGUAUUUGGUGCUGUGGCACUGGUUGUGAUUGGAUUCUUCCCUCUGCUUUUCAUCGUUUUUACUUACAGCAGAAUAUUUAUCAUAUCCUAUCGCAGCUCUAAAGAAGUCAGAAAGAAAGCUGCUCAGACCUGCUCGCCCCACUUGCUGGUGCUGAUCAGUUUCUCCUGUUUGUGUGCGUUUGAUGUCAUCAUAGCUCGACUGGGAUCCAACCUUACAAAAUUAAUCCGUUUAAUAAUGACUUUACAGGCAGUUUUGUAUCAUCCUCUAUUAAACCCAAUCAUAUAUGGUUUAAAAAUGAAGGAGAUAUUAAAGCAACUGAGAAGGCUGUUUUCUCAAGCUAAGGUCUUAUAG